AUGAAAAGAUCAGCAACGCAUUUUGAAGAUCUUUCAAAUGAACUUUUACUCAAUAUUUUCGAUUUACUUGAUGGUUAUCAUAUAUUCGAUGCUUUUUCUGAUCUCAAUAACCGUAUCCAACAACUCAUUACUAGUCCUGAUUUCUUCCUCAAAUUAAAUAUUUCAUUUAUGUCUAAAUCAAAUUUUAACAGACGUUCGGUCAAUAUUAUCCGUCCAAAUAUGAAUCAAAUUAUUUCAUUACAAUUAUCAGAACCAUUUUUCAUCAAAAAUUUCUUUACAUCAUUUCCUAUUGACAUAUCAUUCAAUCGUCUCGAAUCAUUGGUACUCAAUGAUCUUAAUAUAGAUCAUGAUGUUUUUAUUCUUACUAGUUUAGCCCAAUUACCUCGACUCUUCUCUCUCAAAAUCUUCUGUUACGAAUGGUAUGAACUAUUUAUGAUUUUUCAAUCAGUAUUUCGUCUACCUGUUUUACGAUAUGCCAAAAUUUUGUGUUCCAACUGGGGUUCUAGAUUUGUUCCGUUUCCCAUCGCUACGAGCGACAAACAACGAAGUAUGACUCUUGAGUAUCUCGCUGUUGAUGGUCCGCCUGAUCUUACAAGUAUCUACAAUCUUCUAUCAUAUACACCUCGACUUCGUCGUUUGUCAUUUGAGAAUAUAUUGUGCAGUAAAUACAUACCAGUAGGACAAUGUACAAUACCACGCAAUCUAACUAGUAUUUCUCUAUAUCAUUGGCGUUUAUCAUUUGAUAAAUUCGCAUCAUUCAUUGCAAUCGUUGGUUCUGAACUCGAAUUCUUACGCAUUUCAAUUAUUCAUAAAACUGCCCUAUCAAAUGCUUAUCAAUGGCAACAAUUAAUUAUACGUCAUAUGCCACGUUUGCGUACGUUUCUAUUUGAUUACCAUGGUCCAUUAAUUAAAGAUGCUCAUGGAAAUAAUCGCUGUCAAACAUUACUUGAUGAAUUUUCUUCACCAUUUUGGAUCGAACAACAAUGGUUUUUUGCCCAUAGCCAUUGUCAUCAUUUUUCUCAAAAAGAAGAACGGUUAGCAUUUUAUUCUUCUCAAAUGCGCGGGCGACAGUUUUGUCAAUCUGAUGAAUUUUUAGAUAAUAAAAUAUGUUCAUGCCGAGAUCCACUCUUCCAUUUAUCUUUUGGACCACGCAUUAGUAUAAAAAGUCAAAAUAUUGUUGCCAAUUUUCCCUUUCAAUUUCCUCGUGUAACUGAAUUACAACUUACCAUUAAUUAUACUACGAUCAAUAUUGACUCAUUCAUUGAUAAUCUAAGUCAUAUUUUUAUUUUGACAAAUAUUACUUAUUUAAAGAUUUCAUUUAAUAAUCAAUUGUUGAACAAUUUUGUUAAACUUCUUAAUCGUAUGCCUAAUGUUCAAAAAUUGAUUCUUGAUGUAUGGUCAUCAUCUGAAAUGGAAGUAUCGUCAGAUCAACAAACUAAUACAGAUGAUUUGGUAUGCAACAAUAAUGUGCGAUAUGUACAAAUAAUUGGCAAACUUGCACUUAGCACUGUUCAAUUAAUCAAUAAGCUUUUUCCUCGAAUGGAACGUCUUCGACUUCUGAACGGAGAGGAUACUCUCAUACCAUUUGUACGAACGUUAUUGUCAAACAGAAUUGAUAACAGUCAUCUUUUUUCAUUAGUGUUUGAUGGUGAUGAUGCGAUGAUCAAACAAUUGAAGACAAUGAUCGAUGAUGAAAAAUUACUUGAUACUUAUGAUAUCAAACGUCGACAGCAUGGAUCGUGCUUAUGGUGGUAA